AAUUUUAACCAAUUUGAAUAAGAAACAAAGUGUCGAAUUACAUUUUUUUGUGUUGACCACAAAAGAUUCGAUGGAGACAAUUGUAUCAAAGCGAAUAAAAUUAGAUUUGGAGCCAUCCGAUAAUAACGAUGGUGAAAAUGUUCAAAUUUCAAAUAAUUGGCGAAUAAAAUCCAUUCUCUCUGAUGAACACAUUGAGCCAAUAAAACGAUGUUUUGUUUAUGCUGGAAUCGUAGACGAUAAAAAAUUUAUUGGAAAAGCAAUGAGUGAGUUAUGCCAAUCGAUGCCGUUGCAUGGAUUAAACUUUCUGAAAAGAGUGCAUCAAUCGAAAUUGCUUCUGUGUACCCUAAACCAAAUGCUGGAUUUUCUUCGAGAAAAUCAUGAAGAUGAAAUCGUUAAAAAGAUUUUUAUGACAGAAAACGACUUACGAACGGCAAGCGAUCAAAUGACCACAUCACUAUUAAAAUUAUACAUGACAAAACGUGGCAUAUCUUUAACUGUGGUAAAUUUUUUAAUUAAAAAAAUCGAAAUAACGUCGGUAGCUGCACAAGCACCUUUGCUUAGUUGGCAACAUUCGGAUGUGAAUAAUGAUUGGCCAACUAAGUUCCAUCCAAAUAAAGAUUUGGAAAAAUUGUACAAUGGAACAUGGUUUACCGAACAGGAAACGAUAUUUCAUGUUCAAAUUAUGGAAAUGUGUGGACUGUUGCGAACGAAAUUGAAGCGAGAAGUAUGUGGCAUUGCGAUAGAUCCACGGACGAAGUCAAUUGUUGCAAUUGGUUUCGAUGAAAUCGAUCGACAUCCAUUGAUGCAUUGUGCCAUGGUACUGAUCGAUGCAGUUGCUCGAACACAAAAAGGCGGUGCCUGGAACGAAUUUUUGGUUGAAAACGACGAUUUGGCCAUUUAUACAAAUUUUAAUGAUGAAUUCGAUGAAUAUACACAAUCUGGUGUAAGCAAAUUUAUUCGAAAAUUGAUUACAACCGAAAAUCCAUCAAUCACAUUUGGCGCUGAACGUGUUAAAACGGCAGUUGAAAAUCGACAAAAUUAUACGGACAUCGAUGUAAAUGGCGAUAAUUUAAGCAAAUAUGGUCCGUAUUUGUGUACUGGAUAUGAUGUGUAUUUGUGGCGUGAACCAUGUCUUAUGUGCAGCAUGGCCCUGACACACAGUCGAAUACGAACAAUUUUCUUUCAUGAAACACAGUCAACGGGUUCCUUAUGCACGCUUACAAAACUUCAAUCGGUCAAAGCGCUAAAUCAUCAUUUUCAAGUAUUUCGUAUAGCGUGACAAACACUUGACUAUUUUGAUUAAAACCCAACAUAUUAUCUGUAAAUAAAACCUUUUGUUAGACGAAAAUAAAUUAUAAUUUUUUAUGACAAUAA